CUCCGGCUAAAAGAGAAUCGAGCGAGCAUGAGCAAAGAGAUCCCUAAAGAUUCUUCAUUCUUGUCAUCCAAAGAAACAGGGACGUCUAUCUCCAACGAUCCUGUUUCACCGGCGAAGAAGAUUCGUACGAGUAUGAGCACCCAAGAAUCACCAGAGACCACUCAAACUUCUUCUGUUUUGCCAUCCAAUGAAACGGAGUCGCGUCUCUUCGGCGUUAAUACAUCUCCGGCGAAGAAGAGCCAAGAAGAACAACGAGUGCCAUCCAAGAAAACAGAGGUUCUGGUUCGUCUCUUCGGCGUUUCUUUACCUCUCUCCUCUGCAUCUUCAACGAAUACAGAUGAAGAAUUGAAGAAAACUUAUUGCUUAGAGGACCCCAAAAAGGGUUUCGUCUCCACGACCCUCUGUUUUUACGAUGAGACAUGGCCUUGUGGAAACCCUGAUUACCCAAAUAUCACUUGCGCUCCAAGAAACGAAAAACUAGCAGAGCAAAGAAAGAUUAAGGAGACGGAAGAAGAUGAGGAUCAGCAAUACGAGACGGGUCAAUGGAUCAUCAAGAAGGAACUAAACACGACCGAUAUUUGCCGACAACUUCAUCUGAGAAAAGCCGACGUUGAAUGCCACAUUCUAAGAUAUCUCUCCGAAGAUGACCAAAAGAAACUCGUACAAGGCGAUAGAAUCACGAUUAACAUGUACGACCACGAAUCGGACACUACACACAAGGUGCUUAUGAUGAGAUGGAUUUCGAAAACAAACUAUUAUUGUUUAAAGGAUAGCUGGCGCAAAGAUUUCGUCUACAGGAGAGGUUUGAGGGCAGGAGACAAGAUUGGGCUCUCUUGGGAUCGUUUUCGUUAUAAGCUUCGUUUUCGUGUACUUUCUCGUGCAACCACAAAAGCUCCUGCAGAAGAAAAGAAGCAAGCCCGAAUCUGGACGGAGCCUAGUACUCUCUACACGUGGACCAUCAAGAAGACACUGACCGAAAGCGAUGUCAAUCAUCUAAACCGACUUAUGGUGGGUAAUAGCGACGCCGAGAGCCACAUUAUGAGACAUCUCUCUACAGAUGUGCAGCAGACAAUCCAAAAAGGUAAGAAAUUCAAGGUUAAAGCGUACGACCACGACACGGAUACUGAGCACGACAUGGUUUUCUUGAGAUACGUCGAAACAACAAAUAACUAUGUUUUCAACCGUGGCUGGGCUAAAGAGUUUGUUCGGAGGAGAGAUUUGAAGCAAGGAGACAAGAUUGGACUCUUCUGGGGUAAUGUUGACUCUAGACUCCACUUUUGUGUGCUUCAGAGAAACCCUAACUAGUCUUUUUAGUAUAUGUAUGGAUAGAGAACUAAAUGAGUUGAUUUUACUUAGCUUUUGAAACAAUGACUCUGGUAUGAUCUUGUUGAGAAAGGUUCUACUAUUUUUUGGUAUACUUUGAUGGUUUAUCAUAAAUUUUGAUGCAUACAUAUUACAUUUUUCUUGCACCUGUGAUCCGAUUGCGAAGGUUUGUUACCAAUUGAAGAGGAAGUUUUUGUUAAUAGUGAUUACUGUUGCUUAUGGCAGUUGUUGUGGUAGCCAACUUAAAAUGAAAAUUUUGAUGUGUU